AUGGGCCAGGGCUGGUGGCUGGCAAGAGAGCCGGGGCGAAAGAAGAACACUGCCCUUGCCUCCUGCGGCACGGCCCUGGCGUACCUCUUUUCCGUGCGGGAUUUCUCGUGUCGUGGCCGAGUGCGCAAGUACUCGCUGAUCCUGCUGUCCUCCGACCGGUCGCAAAUCACACUUCACUCGGAGGAAAUUGCAAGCGCGGUUAUCUGGGCCGCCCGCCUUCCGGCGGCACUCUCCGGCGACGGGACCCGGGCCGGGGGACGCAUCCUGCUGCUCCGGCUCCUCCGAGCUUAG